UUUGAUUUUUCAUGUUAGAGAUUUUUUUUUUUUAUGAAUAUGCAAGUUCAUUGUUUCUAUGCGCGAUGUGUAAGUCCAAUUUCGUUUACGAUUUUCGGUGGAAUCUCCCCAUCUUUUAGCAGGUUCUCUCUUUCCCGAUCGAAAACCUUAACCGUCCCCUUCGACGGAGUUCGCCAUUACCGGCGGCUUCGCAUUGCUCUCUCUUUGUCCGAGAUUAUCUAUAUUUUGAACCUCAAUCUCAUUCCAGGCUUUGAUGUAUCGUCUUUGUGCGAGAAAAAAUCAUCAGGUUCUCAAAUGUAAGAGUCGCAUUUCUGGAAUGAGUUUUAGCACCCUCACAGAAACUACCUACUACUGGAAAUUUCAAGCCAAUUACACAUUUUGGUCAAAAUUUCCAAAAGUUCUGUUGACCAUCAACAUAUUAUAGUCUAUUUCAUUCAACGGCCAAGAUGUUUUUGGCUACUUAUUGGAGUCAGCCUUCAUCUUCUAAAAUAGAAGUUUGCCUCCGUGCAUUACUCCAGCAAAGGUGCAAUCCAUCAAAUGGAUCAACAGACUGGGAAAAAAUUGGUAAACAUUAUGUUAGUUGAUCAUUCAGGCCCAUUAUUUUUUUGGUGAAAUAAGGUUAAAAAGCAGUGGGACAACUUCUUAUAUGUGGUAUUUGAUGAUUUUGAUCUCAUACCAGCGGGACAAUAAAUAAGAAAAUUAUACACUCCUUCGUACAGUUCCAGACCAUUUUCACACAAACGAAUAGCCACUUUACUCUCACUUUCGUCUUUCGUCUGAGAAUGUAGGGUUUCCUGUUCAUGAUCUCUCUCCAAUAUUUGACCUUAUAAUUGCAGUGAAGUUGGAAAAUGGACCAUGGAAAUUACCGACGUGGUGGCGGUGGAGGUAACCGUGGUCGAGGCCGUGGCGGUGGUAACUCCGAACAGGAGCAAGGCCGUGGAGGCGGAAGAGGUGGGCCCCAGAUGGGUUCAUACAAUCAGCAGCCACCAUUUCAGCCUCCACAGCUAUGGGGCAACCAGCCAAGGGCAUCUGGUCCGGGUCAAUAUCAGGGUCGUGGGGCUCCUUAUAAUCAGCAGGGUACGGGUCAGCACCAUACAGUUGGUCAGAAUCCGGGUCGUGGUGGUACUGCUUGGGUCAGCCGUGGUGGCAGUGGUACUGCUUGGCCCCGGCCACCACCGCAGCAGCAGCCACAGCAACAUGGUAGUAGAGGCGGUGGUACUGCUUGGGCGCGACCACCACCGCAGCAGCGACAACAAGAU